AGCGGUCCAGGUGAAAUUGGCAACCUUUCUAGGGGGACAAUCCCGUGAGCAACUGGCACAAGAGUCUGGGUUUCAAUUUGUCUAGGGAUUGGCUGGCAGUUCAACUUGAAACCCCCUACUUAAUAUAUUCGGCUAAUUCCGUUACAACUGCUUGAGACUCGUGGGUCAGCCGAGAUCGAAAUCCUCGCUCUUAUGGAAGUCUAUCAUCAUGGAUCCUCUCCCAAAACUUCGUUCUGCGUUUCUCAGUGGUUGCCUUCAUCGUCAUGCCCUUUCAUCCUAGGCCAUCUCGUCACACGCACCCUCAACGGCAUCAAUGGCACUUGAAGCACAAACAUGUUCGGAGAAGAUCACACCAUGAGUCGACUCAUUUGCAGCAUCCCCUCCAGCGUCAGCUCGUGGUUGCGGUGGAUGCGCAGACAUCACUGGUCACUGUGGAAGGAGAUCCUCCUGUUCCUCCCCAGAAUUAUCGCGUUAACUCUUCCGUCAUCGACAACACGCCUCAGCGUCCGGGUUCAGUUGUUUCGAGUGGUCAGACGGCGGCUAAAGAUGGUUUUGAUGGUUCAGAGUCCACACCCAUACCAAUCGUUGAGGUCGACCCAACGUCAACUCUUGAGCCCUCUAUUGCCCCGUCUUUGUACCCUUUGUCAUUGCUGGCACCUUCAUCUCCUUUGACACAGGAACCACAAUCUUUCACGCAUCAUCAACAGCCCUUUGACGCAAUUCCUGGCCUGAAACCAACGCCUUCAUCAAUGGGCCAGUCCCCUUCCCUGGCGACCCAUGAACCGGCGCCGGUGUCGCAAACCGAUUUUAAUUUUUCCCCUCAGACUUACGCACUUGGCCCUGGUUCUUCUGUCACCCAUUCCAACCUUGCACCGACACCAGCAACGACUUUCAUCAUUUCGUCUGCGCUCCCAUUAUCAUCUUCGUCGUCUGCUACAUUCUUCACCACUGCCACCACCAGUGCGCCCCCUACGUUGGCGUCACGUCCUAGCGGCAACAGCAGCCUAAAAGCUGGCGUUGUGGUCGCUGCUGCACUCGGUGGCUGUCUUGCGACAAUCCUCUUGCUUUUCGGGGUCAUGUGGCUAGUUCGUAUGAGAUCGCGGAACGAGGAUAGCCUAGAAUAUCUUUCGAGCAUCCGGGGGGAUUCAUCUAAUGAAAUGGAGAGAGUACCGGAUAUCGAAGAGCUACCGAACGAGGAGCUCUCCAUGGAGGACGCCGAACGAGUCUUACGUGUAACGAAUCCUGGGGACGACGACCUGUCGCUCAAUUCAGAGGCAGGGGUUCUUUCCUUGAGCGGGGGUCAUGUGCCGAUGGAUGGUCUUGGUCUUACACUCCCUCCCGAUGCUGUGUACGGGACGCCGAGGGUAGCAGCUCCUCGUUUCAUGUCAGUCAUGAGAGAUGGGGGUUUGCCUAUUCCCCCGCCCCCUGCAUUGAGUCUGGAACAAGGGGAAAAGAGGUCGCUGCACGAUAUCGAAGCGAAUGCAGGAAGCAGGCUGUCACGGCUCCAAUCUGCCGCUAGCUCCCACAAGUCUAAUAGAUGUGGUACUGACGCUAACUUAUCUCGUGCUGUUUCGUCUGUCUACUCCAUAGCUUCGGAGGGUUAUGGUUACGCUCUUCGUCCGUCGACGCCCCAAGCGGAAGGUUGGGCCGCUUCACUCCGUAGCAACCUUUACGCUGCCAUCCAGCGAAUGGCAAGCACCACGAAGAGGAAUGAUGGCUACAAAUUGAGAGAGGAAGAGAUCCCCGAGCCCUGGACGAAGCAGCCCGCAAGACCUACGAGCCAGCGGACACUACGGCUUGGCACGGUGUCUCGGGAUGGAAGUGUAAGAAGCACCAUCUCGUUAAGGCACGGGUCAGGUGUCACGCCGAUAUUGGAUAUGGAUUCGGGUAGUCAGACGUAUCUUGGGCGAGGCGACUUGCAAUUGACUGCUGGUGCCAUGUCUGUUUCGUUCUAUUCACCCUACGACCCUUCUGUCUUGUCCCUCCCAGCUGAGCCUGACGAUGAUCUUCCUGAAGUUGAAUUGCCAUCCGAACCCCGUAGCGCAACAGGUUAUAUAAGCAAUCGAGUGUCCUCAUGUACAACUGGGAGUGGCAGGCCAUACACGAAUCCCGACUCCAAUCCCGCUGCCACCACUCCAGACCCCAGCAGCGCGAAGAUAACUUCACAAGACGCCCCGCCCGCACUGGUUGAUGGAGCGUCACCAAUUAAUUCACGAUCGUCGAAACCAAUAAAGACGGAAUCAGAAGCAUCCCGACGAUCACCCAGGCCAUUCUUGAGGCAAAGGCAGUCCGGAAUGAGCACCUCUUCGCAGUCAUUCGAUGAACUUAAGUGAUUGGAGCAUUUUAAGCAUCAUUUUGAUCAUUCGAUCUUGAUCUAUCUUUGGGUUCUGCAAUACCUGGAGCAUUGUAUCCUCCCCUGC